AGAAGAUUGAAAAUAGAAACAUAGAAGAUUGAAAAUAGAAACGAUGAGAGUGAAAUAUAUAUAUAAAAGGAGGUGAGAUUUUAGUUAAGAUUCUGGAUGAACGAUUACAACGAUGGAAUGGUAUGAAACUUGGAGGGUUGAUUACGAGAACCACAAAUUAAGACAUGACGAAAAUAUCAGAAAUGUAGAUAUAGACGAAUUGAGAGGAGAAAAUAUAACAUGUGAAAUAUGUUAUCCAAUAAGAGAUACACCAGAAGUUUUUAAGAAAUUUUGGAGAAUAUUACAAAAAUUUGAAUAUACAAUAAGGGAUUAUAAUGCAGAAACUAUAAGGGCGCUAAUAAAUUUAUUAAGUAUAAAUAGUGAAGAAAGAAAUAAUUAUACGAAAGGAAAAACUAGAGAUGCAUUAGAUAUAAUAGUUGAAUCGAUAAGAUACUUGAAACAACCAAUAAUGAGAGAGAAAGGACUAAAGAUAAUAAUAAUAGUGGUUGCGAGAGAUUGUAUAGAAAACGAUAAAGAAGACGAAACAAUAGACAGAUUAAUAGGGAAUGAAGAAUUAAUAAGAUAUGGUUAUAUUUUGGAAGAUUGGGAUGUGAAUAUAAGAUUUAGGGAAUUUUAUGAAUGGCAUAAAGUGGCUAUAUAA